UGUGACCCGAAUUCCUGCCUGUAAUUUUUAAGUUUCGUUUUGGCAGUAGCGUGUGGUUAAUAUUUGUAAACAUGUCUUCGAAUAAAUUGUCGGUGUGAUAAGAUUUAUCGUAGGUAGUUGAAACAAAGGUUAAAAAAUUAUUGCUUAAUUGGUUUUGAAGAUUGUAACUAUGAUAAAGGUCCUUCAUUUAUCAAAAGCUUGGCUGAAGCAAGCUGAAACUAUUACUACUAAAUAUUGGCUCUCCACUUCUACGGCUGCUGCUAGCUCUGUAAAAAUGAAUGAAUAUUUAGCUCACCAGAAGUCUUUACCUCGCUUACCUGUACCUCCUCUUCAUCCUUCUUUAGAAAAGUAUUUACUCUCAGUUCGUCCACUCCUCACAGAAGAAGAAUACCAAAACACUGUGAAAGUUGUGAAAGAUUUUGGUGCUCCUGGUGGUUUAGGUGUAAAGCUACACACAAUGCUAAAAGAAAGAGCUAAAGUUACAGAAAAUUGGUUAGAAGAAUGGUGGUUGGAUUCAGCAUAUUUAGAGUUCCGAAUGCCACUUGUUUCAUAUUCAAGUCCUGGAUUGGUAUUCCCUCUGAAAGACUUUAAUACUACAGAAAGGCAAUUAAGAUAUGCUGCAAGACUAGUUGCUGGAGCUUUAGAGUUCAAGAGUUUAAUUGACAAUUAUUCUUUACCUCUUGAUAAAAUGGGUGGUCAACCUCUUGAUAUGUCACAAUAUUAUAAAAUAUUUUCUACAUGCCGUAUACCAGGAUAUCCUAAAGACAGCCUUGUUUUUCAUGGUAUGCAACCUCAGAAACCAAAGCAUAUUGUUGUGGUACAUAAUAAUCAUUAUUUUAAAGUUAAUGUGUAUGGAGGUGAUGGCAAACAUUUGAAUGAAAGGCAGCUGGUGACUCAGUUCCAAAGUGUUGUAGCACAGUCUGGGGUGCCAAAGAGCCCAAUCGGAAUUUUAACCACAUUACAUCGUGAUUCCUGGGCCAAAGCCUAUAAGAGAUUAAGGAAAUAUGAUUCCAAAAACAAGGAAUCUCUAAAAGCCAUAGAGGAAGCCAUUUUCAUACUUUGUCUUGAUAAACCUGUUCCUGAUACUGGCACCUUAAAUAGGAAAACUCAUGUAGCUUUGCAAACUAUACAUGGUGGUGGACCUGCAGGAAAUGCUGGAAACAGAUGGUAUGAUAAAACCAUACAAUUCAUUGUUGGUGGUGAUGGUGUUGUUGGUUUAACCUAUGAACAUAGUCCUGCAGAAGGUCCCCCCAUAACAAGAAUGAUGGAUCACAUAUCUGGUUACUUGGAUCGAACAUAUGGCAAUAAGUGGUUACCAUCAACUUCUGUUGAAGAACCAAUAAAGCUCAGAUUCAAUCUCUCUGAUGAAACUAUGAAAGACAUUGAAGAAGCAGAAAAUGAUUUACAAAUUCUUGCUGAUGAUUUGGAAAUGUCAUGCUUUACAUUUGAAAGUUAUGGUAAAGAUUUUAUAAAGUCUCAGAAACUAAGUCCAGAUAGCUACAUUCAAAUGGCUAUUCAACUAGCUUUUUACAAAAUACACAAUCAGAUUGCAGCUACUUAUGAAUCUGCUUCUUCUCGAAAGUUCUUGAAUGGUCGUACCGAAACAAUUCGUUCUGCUUCUAUGGAAGCAUUAGAUUUCUGCAAGCAAAUGGUGGACAAGUCUUCAGUACCUCAUACAAAAGCAGCAGCUCUCCGCUCAGCAGUUGAUGCCCAUAAAGAAUAUACUUUACAGGCUGUUAAUGGGAUGGGAAUUGACCGAAUGCUGUUGGGUUUGAAGAAAAUUGCUUUGGAAUGUGGCAUGAAUGUUCCUGAUUUCUAUAUGGAUACUGGUUAUACAACUAGCACACAUUUUAAGCUAUCUACUAGUCAGGUUCCCUCCAAAAUUGAUGCUUUUAUGUGUUAUGGACCAUUGGUACCUGAUGGUUAUGGAUGUUGCUAUAACCCUAGAGAUUCUACAAUCAAUUUUGGCCUUUCAGCUUGCAACAGUAGUCCAGAAACUCAUUCUAGCAAUUUUAUGAAAGCUUUGAUUGAAAGUCUAAACGAAAUGCAUGAUACUCUUAACUUAAGCCAGAAGUCAAAACUAUAAAAAGAAAAUGGCCAGUUUUUGUUGCUUAUGUAUUUCAUGUGUAUACUGAUUGUUAACAAUUUUAAUAAGUAAAAUUUAUACAUGUUUUCUAAAAUACAUUAAAUAUAAAAAAAAUUGCAAA